AUGAUAUCAUCAUCGGCAGCAUUUACAGCAAGCAGCAGUGAAGAUCAACAACACAAGGAUACUAGUUCAACAAAUUUCCUUAAAUCGAACAAUUUUCCAUCAGUUGCAUCAUCGAGUGCUCCUUCUUCUUUCAACUAUUCCCAUUCAGAUGAUGCAUCAUCUGCUUUGAAAUCAUCCAAUAUUCCCACCUCUGAUCCUACUCCCAUUAAAUUGGCAAAGAUCCAACCUCACACAGAAAUGUCAUCAUCAUCCAUUGAAACUUCCUCAAGCGCCUCCUCACAACAGCCUGUAUUUGCUUCUACUCUGUCAUCUUCUAUGAACAAUAAUGCAGCAAGCUCCUCUGCCACAACUUGCACAUUUUCUUCUUCACUCUCAAAUUAUCUCAUCCCAAGCGAAGGAACACCACCAUUACCUUUAAAGAGAGAAUCACUUUUUGUUUCGCCAUCGAUCACACCACAAACACCAUCCAAGAAGAGAACAUUCACAGAGAAAGAAAUUGAAGACUUGGACGCAAAAUACAAGCAAGAAUUGGCAGAAAUGAUGCAAGAAGAAGAGCCCUUGACGUCAACAACACCCCCCAAGAAAGACUCUCAUACAAAUGGAAUUGAAUGGUCGGAAAGCGACGAACCCAUUCUUUCUGUCACGCAAGAAACUCCACAAGUUUUUAUGAAAAGUUUGAGCGGAAUGGCUCGCGUUUUUUAUGCCCAAAUUCUGAGACAUGAAGAAAAAAUUGAAUCCUUAACAAAAGCCAACAGAAAGUAUCAAGAGGUGAUCAAGAAAAAGAGUGAGAAGAUUAGUCUCCUCCAACAUCAACUCUCAACAAUGGUUAAACAAAUAGAGAAGUAUGAACAGUCAUUGAGGCAACGAGUUUCUGCUUCUCCACAAAUUGUGACACCAUCUCAACCAGUUGCAUCUCUUCCUCCCCCAAUUUCGUCAUCAUCAUCAAAAUCAGCAUCAAGCUCUUCCUCAGUCGAUGCAACUACAACCACCUCUUCAUUGGAGGAACCAUUACCUCCAAUCUUGGCUCCCAAACCAAAGAAGAGAAAAACUGAGGGAGAAUCAUCCGAAACAAAGAUUGUAAAAUCACGAUCGAAUGUUGUCUUUAAGGUGAAACCAGCAGAUUGUGUAAAUUAUAAUGGAGCGACUUAUAUUCUUGCAAGAGCUUUUGAAGAUAAAUACAAGCUCAAGAAGAUGCUGCAUUCAUACCAAGCACAAACAGGUGAGAACCCUCAAUUGUUUUUACGUGAUGAAGAAUUUAAAAAGCUUAAAGCAGAGAAUCCUGAUAAUUUGAGCGUUUUUGCAUACAGAACCUCGUUGUAUACGAUGGAGUUUGUUAACUUUUACAUUUCCAAUCAGUAG